AUGGCUAAUUCGUAUUCAUCUUCUUCUUCUAAUCAUGCCAACGAGUUUUAUGAAUUUGGAGAAAGGUUUCCAAUUGUCCAUUGUAGAUGUGGUGAGCAACUGAAAAUACGCACUUCUUGGACAGCUGAGAACCCAGGUCGUAGAUUUUGGCAAUGCAUGGGUGGUGAUAGGAAGGUGGGAUGUGAUUUUAUUGAUUGGUAUGAUACUCCAAUGUGCUAUCGUUCAAAGCGAAUAAUUACAGGAUUGCUAAAACGCAUCAACCGACAAGAUGAAGAGAUACGAAAAUUAAAUUUGAAACUGAGAAGUGAACAAGGUUUGGUGUUGGUAAUGAAUGAAUUGGUCAGUUUGUACACAGUAUAUAGUAAUGGAACUUGGACAAAAGCAUGA